AUGCUGGACCCGUCCUCCAGCGAAGAGGAGUCGGACCCCGAGGGGCGGGAGGAGGAGCGCCGCGCGGGGCUGCCGGCGGCGGCGGGCGGGUCGCUGGGCGCCCCGGCCCGGGAAGGGCGCGCGGGCGGCGGCGGCGGCGGCGGCGCGGUCCGGCCCGGGAGCCCCAGCCCCUCGGUGGUCAGCGAGGGGAGAGACGAGCCCGAGAGGCAGCUGGACGAGGAGCAGGAGCGCAGGGUCCGCCUGCAGCUCUACGUCUUCGUGGUGCGGUGCAUCGCGUACCCCUUCAACGCCAAGCAGCCCACCGACAUGGCCCGCCGGCAGCAGAAGCUUAAUAAGCAACAACUGCAGUUACUGAAAGAACGAUUCCAAGCCUUCCUCAAUGGGGAAACCCAGAUCGUAGCUGAUGAGGCAUUUUUCAAUGCUGUCCGGAGUUACUAUGAGGUUUUUCUGAAGAGUGAUCGAGUGGCCAGAAUGGUUCAGAGUGGAGGAUGUUCUGCUAAUGACUUCAGAGAGGUGUUUAAGAAGAACAUCGAGAAACGUGUGCGGAGUUUGCCAGAAAUUGAUGGCUUAAGCAAAGAGACAGUACUGAGCUCGUGGAUAGCCAAAUAUGAUGCCAUUUACAGGGGUGAAGAGGACUUGUGCAAACAGCCAAAUAGGAUGACCCUCAGUGCUGUGUCUGAACUUAUUCUGAGCAAAGAACAGCUCUAUGAGAUGUUUCAGCAGAUUCUGGGUAUUAAGAAACUGGAGCACCAACUCCUUUAUAAUGCAUGUCAGUUGGAUAAUGCAGAUGAACAAGCAGCCCAAAUCAGGAGGGAACUUGAUGGCCGGUUGCAGUUGGCAGAGAAGAUGGCGAAGGAAAGAAAAUUCCCCAAAUUCGUAACUAAAGAAAUGGAGAAUAUGUAUAUAGAAGAGCUGCGAUCCUCAGUGAAUUUGCUAAUGGCCAAUUUGGAAAGUCUUCCGGUUUCGAAAGGUGGUCCAGAAUUUAAACUACAGAAGCUAAAACGCUCCCAGAAUUCUGCAUUUUUGGACAUCGGCGACGAGAGUGAGAUUCAGCUGUCCAAGUCCGACGUGGUGCUGUCGUUCACCUUGGAGAUUGUCAUAAUGGAAGUGCAAGGUUUGAAGUCAGUGGCUCCCAAUCGCAUUGUUUACUGCACAAUGGAGGUGGAAGGAGGAGAGAAGCUGCAGACAGACCAGGCGGAAGCCUCAAGGCCACAAUGGGGAACUCAAGGCGAUUUCACCACCACCCAUCCCAGGCCCGUGGUCAAAGUGAAGCUCUUCACGGAGAGCACUGGCGUCCUGGCCCUGGAAGACAAGGAGCUGGGAAGGGUGAUAUUGUACCCAACUUCCAAUAGCUCCAAGUCAGCUGAGUUGCACCGGAUGAUAGUUCCAAAAAAUAGCCAGGAUUCUGACUUAAAAAUCAAAUUGGCAGUGCGAAUGGAUAAACCGCCACAUAUGAAACAUAGUGGGUACCUGUAUGCCCUUGGACAGAAGGUUUGGAAAAGAUGGAAAAAACGUUACUUUGUUCUUGUUCAGGUCAGCCAGUACACCUUUGCGAUGUGCAGCUACAGAGAAAAGAAGUCUGAGCCGCAGGAACUGAUGCAGCUGGAAGGAUACACCGUGGAUUACACGGAUCCCCACCCAGGCCUUCAGGGUGGUCGCAUGUUCUUCAAUGCUGUUAAAGAAGGAGACACCGUGAUAUUUGCCAGUGACGACGAACAGGAUAGAAUAUUAUGGGUUCAAGCCAUGUAUAGGGCCACAGGUCAAUCUUACAAACCCAUUCCUGCAAUUCAAACCCAGAAGCUGAAUCCCAAAGGAGGCACUCUUCAAGCAGAUGCUCAGCUUUAUGCAGACCGUUUUCAGAAACAUGGUAUGGAUGAGUUUAUUUCGGCAAACCCUUGCAAGCUUGACCACGCCUCCCUUUUCAGAAUACUCCAGAGGCAGACUUUGGAUCACAGGCUGAAUGAUUCCUAUUCUUGCUUGGGUUGGUUUAGCCCUGGCCAGGUUUUUGUGUUGGAUGAGUACUGUGCCCGGUAUGGUGUCCGAGGCUGCCACAGACACCUCUGCUACCUUGCAGAGCUGAUGGAACACUCAGAGAACGGUGCUGUCAUUGACCCAACCCUGCUCCAUUACAGCUUUGCAUUCUGCGCCUCUCACGUGCACGGCAACAGGCCUGAUGGAAUCGGAACAGUUUCAAUGGAAGAGAAAGAGAGAUUUGAGGAGAUAAAAGAGAGACUGUCUUUCCUUUUAGAAAAUCAGAUAAGCCAUUUCAGAUACUGCUUUCCCUUUGGACGACCUGAAGGUGCUCUGAAAGCUACACUUUCCUUACUUGAAAGGGUUUUAAUGAAAGAUAUUGCCACUCCCAUACCAGCAGAAGAGGUGAAAAAAGUGGUCAGAAAAUGUCUGGAGAAAGCUGCCUUGAUCAAUUACACUAGACUCACAGAAUAUGCCAAAAUAGAAGAGACCAUGAGCCAGGCCACUCCUGCUAGGAAGCUGGAGGAAGUUCUUCACCUGGCAGAACUCUGCAUAGAAGUCUUACAGCAAAAUGAAGAGCAUCAUGCAGAGGCAUUUGCCUGGUGGCCGGAUUUACUGGCAGAGCAUGCGGAGAAGUUUUGGGCUUUGUUCACAGUGGAUAUGGAUACGGCGCUGGAGGCUCAGCCACAAGAUUCCUGGGAUAGUUUUCCUCUUUUCCAACUGCUUAAUAACUUCCUCAGAAAUGACACACUUUUAUGUAAUGGAAAAUUUCACAAACACUUGCAAGAAAUCUUUGUGCCCUUGGUUAUUCGCUACGUCGAUCUCAUGGAGUCCUCCAUCGCCCAGUCAAUUCACAGAGGGUUUGAGCAAGAGACAUGGCAGCCUGUCAAGAAUAUCGCCAACAGUCUUCCCAAUGUAGCUCUUCCAAAAGUUCCAAGUCUGCCUCUUAAUCUUCCAGAGAUUCCUAGCUUUUCUACUCCUUCGUGGAUGGCUCCUUUAUAUGAAUCCACCAAUGGCUCAGCAACAUCUGAAGACCUUUUUUGGAAACUGGAUGCACUUCAAAUGUUUGUCCUUGACCUACACUGGCCGGAACAAGAAUUUGCCCACCACUUAGAGCAAAGACUUAAACUCAUGGCCAGUGAUAUGAUAGAGGCCUGUGUGAAAAGAACAAGAGCUGCAUUUGAACUCAAGAUGCAAAAGGCAAACAAAACCACUGACUUGCGCAUUCCCGCUUCUGUGUGCACCAUGUUCAAUGUGUUAGUUGAUGCCAAAAAGCAAAGCACCAAACUCUGUGCCCUGGAUGGAGGACAAGAGCAACAGUACCAUUCAAAAAUAGAUGAUUUGAUUGACAACUCUGUAAAAGAAAUAAUUUCACUGCUAGUUUCAAAGUUUAUUUCAGUGUUGGAAGGGGUGUUGUCUAAGCUGUCAAGAUAUGACGAAGGCACUUUCUUUUCAUCCAUCCUGUCGUUCACUGUGAAAGCAGCUGCAAAAUAUGUUGAUGUUCCAAAACCAGGAAUGGAUCUGGCAGACACCUAUAUUAUGUUUGUUCGGCAGAAUCAGGAUAUUCUUCGCGAAAAGAUCAAUGAAGAAAUUUAUAUAGAAAAGUUGUUUGAUCAAUGGUACAGCAGCUCCAUGAAAGUCAUCUGUGUGUGGCUGACAGACAGAUUAGACCUUCAGCUUCAUAUUUACCAACUGAAGACGCUCAUCAAGAUCGUGAAGAAAACCUACAGGGACUUCCGAUUGCAGGGUGUGUUAGAAGGCACGCUGAACAGUAAGACCUACGACACUGUGCACAGACGGUUGACAGUGGAGGAGGCUACAGCCUCCGUUUCGGAGGGAGGCGGACUUCAGGGCAUUACCAUGAAGGACAGUGAUGAAGAAGAGGAAGCCUGA